AUGGGAAUACCGUUACAGAAGAUGUCAGACUGCACCUGUUCAAAGACAGCUGAUCUAGAGUUAAACAGAGAACUUCUCAAAGUAUUCCUGGAAGACGAUGAAAUAUUCGUGAAGGGCAAUGAAGUCAGGAAUGCUGAGUUUACGGAGCUGAGCCACAUUCCUCAAUUCACCGUCUUCGUUGAGAAGCAUAUGAAGAAAGCCCACGCCACAGCACACCAACUCUCCGAACUGGACGUAUCGGAGAUGAUAGAAGCUCUCUCUGAUCUAAAGAACCGCCACCCUACCAGUGCCUACGUGGACUAUCUGACCAGGAUAGCCUUGUUUAAACAUGAAGACACCAAGAACAUGACUCUUCCUCCUCCUUCCCAAACACUCCCACGAGCUUUCUUCUGCAAGGACCAUCUCAAAGGUCAGCGCUCAUGUAUCUUAACCGGGGGAAACAACCUUCUCGGAAGCGCAGCAACCCUUAUUGGUAGCAAAGCAACUCUGGAUCCAGAAAACAAGCUGGAUUGGUGGAGACAGGACCCCGGACUCUCCGAGCACCACUACAACUGGCAUGUCUACUACCCCUUCGCUGAGCCGGUAAAAGAUAGGCAGGGAGAGCUGUUCGCGUACAUGCACCAGCAGAUGCUUGCAAGAUACAACUUUGAAAGGCUAGCAGUGGGUCUCUCUCCUGUUGAACCUUACGGACCAGGUAUUCACUGGGAUGAUCCUUUACCUGAAGGUUUCAACCCAAAGUUAGAGGACUAUUCCUUUAGGGCUUCAUUCAUGAGCAUACCUGACAGUGUGACGUUAGGUUCCCGUCACAUUCUGGCGAGUAACAUGGACACGAACAAAGAGAGGCUCUAUAUAGCCAUAGCAAGAAAUCAUCUAGAGGACCCUACUGGUAACAGAGUUCAAUUGACGAUGGACAAGCUAGGAUGCUGCGUGGAAGCGAGCACUGGCUCAGCGAACAAGGAGCUCUACGGGAACCUCCACAACAACGGUCACGUGAUGAUUAGUUUAAUGAACGAUCCUGAUGGGAGGUAUAACAUAGACCCUGGAGCAAUGAUCGCAACGGAGACAGCAGCCAGAGACCCUGUAUUUUACAGGUGGCAUAAGUUCAUUGACACUAUAUUUGAAAAAUACAGACGGUUUAGCAACAUUCUGUCUUAUACAAAGGAAGAUCUGAAGGUGAGAGGGAUAGAGGUAGAUGAUGUCUCUAUUAUCUGUGAGCCUGAUCCAGGAUUAGGGCCAUGCCAAGAAGAGCUUCGCGACCAACUUUUCACCAGGAUGAUAGAAAAAGAACACACUAUCUACAAAGACCGCAAGGAGGAAGUCCUUCGCACAACAUCUCUGCAGCAUCUCCCCUUCACCUACCACUUUAAAGUCUGCAAUACGAGAGAGGAGGACGCUACACUCGUUUUCAGAGUGUUCCUGGCUCCCAUUAGAUAUGCUGAGGACCUCGACCAGAGAAGGAACGAUUUUGUAGAGAUGGACAGGUUCGUGGCAGAGAUUGACAGUGGGGCAGAACAGACUAUCACCAGAUCAUCUGAGCAAUCCUCAGUUCUCCUUCCUCCUACCCUAACUCUACAGGAUAUACGAGAUAGGAAGAACUCUGACUCUCAGGCUCGAUGUGGAUGUGGCUGGCCCAGGAACCUGCUAGUCCCCCGGGGUACCUCUGAUGGAAUGAGUGCUGAUCUUUACGUGUUGGCGACUGAUUGGAAGGAGGAUGCAGUAAGUCCUGAUGCUCAUCUCUCUGGCAGCGUGGCUUUUUGUGGAAAGAUAGGAUCUGAUUACCCUGAUAAGAGACCCAUGGGAUUCCCAUUCGAUAGGGAAUUUUUAUUUGAGUCGCUGGAAAAGAUGGUAAUGGAGGUGCCUAAUAGCGCUAAAACUGAGGUUAAGAUAACAUUUCUGGGACACGAACCGUUCAAUCAUUCGGCUUAAUCGGAUUUAAUUUUUUCAAUCAUUUUAAGGAGCCUGAAUUUAUUCUUCGCUAAAAAGACACUUGGCUCUUGCUAGAUUUGAGUUUUAUUUUUGUUUUGAGAUCGAUGAGUUCGUUGCAUGCUCAAUAAGAGGUGACAUACUAUGUACUAUUUUUAUUAUCGAUAAUUUUGUAAUGAUUACAAUAAUACAAUUA